GUUGUGAACGUACAAUUUGUUAAGACCACAGGACGACAUUCUAACUGCGUUAAAAAGAAUAAAAAUACCUGAUGUAAAUUUGUUUUUAUAACAUAGUUAGUCGCAGAAGCCCUCUUGUAAGAAAUGUCUGAAGGAUCUGAUUUUGAAGACGAUGUUGGAGAGGAAGAAGAAGAAGACGCAGGCGUUAUCACUGAAGCGGGAAAAUUGCCUGAAAACCCUCUAGUACAAGAAAUGGUCCCAGAAUGCUUAAAUCUGCUUUGUAAGAUUGGUAAUGGGCUCGCUCAUGCUUAUGUUAGACUGGAUGCCCAUGAAAGAGACUUAACAGACAUUGAGUUACUGCGGAAGUUUAUCCACGUACGUUAUGUGGAUGUCUCAGGAAACCUGCUUGAAGAUAUUUCACCUUUGAACAAUCUCACACAUUUACUAACAUUAAAAGCCGACAAAAACAACCUGAAAACUGCAAAACUGGAUCCGUUGCCUUACUUACAGAUAAUGAAUUUGUCCGGUAAUAAGAUAACAAGCACUGAAGGAGUUGAACAUCCUUUGCUUGAACAACUCAAUUUAAAUAGCAACUUGAUACCUUUAGUAAGUGGCUUAAAUCCCAAGUUUCUUACCAACCUCACAACCUUAGAACUGCGAGGAAAUAAACUGACAACAACUGCUGGAAUAUAUUUACCAAAUCUUAAAAAUCUCUACUUGGCAGGAAAUUCACUGAAACAAGUGGAAGAUUUGGAUAAACUUGAAAACCUAAUGAUUCUUCAUUUAAGAGAUAAUCAAAUUGACAAGUUGGAUGGUUUUACUGAAAACAUGAAGAAGUUACAAUAUAUUAAUUUAAGGGCAAAUAAUGUCUCAGAUUUAAAAGAACUUAAAAAGAUGGUAGCUCUUCCAAUGCUGAGAGCACUGGUUUUAAAUGAUAACCCCUGCUUGGAAGAAGAUGGUUACCGCAUGGAAGUCCUCAUCGUUCUUCGUAAAUUAGAGAGACUGGAUAAAGAUGAAUACACGGAAGAUGAACGAGUAGAGGCAGAGGACCUCUAUGAGCAGAGGAGGCAAGAGGAACUGAUGAAAUCAGAAGAGCAAGAAGAAAUUGCUGAUGAAGGAUGAAAAUCUUCCUUGUAUGAUGUUUUGUUGAUUCUUCACCUCAACAUAGAGGUCUUUCAUAUAUUUUUAUGUUUAUGAAAAGGUUUUACAUUUUGCUAAAAAUACAAUGCUUGCUUGUGUCGACAGCUGUUAAUUUGGUUCGCUGUAGCUUCAGUGCGCCAGUAUUCACCACUGUUUUGGAUAUUCGAGUUUCAUUAGUGUUUUUCUUUUGAACGUGUCGCAAUUCAGUCAUCCGAAACGCAGCGAGCGAGGAACACGAAGUAUUUUACUAUCUGUGUGCUUUAUUAUUUGACGCAACACGCCCACGGCUUCUUAUUGGUCUUAAAUAUUGCGUCGUAAUUCCGCGAGAGCGCGCUUCCUCGAUUGUUAUUUCGUCAGUACGACUACGACGUCUGAUUGGUCGCUUCGUCAUAGAUGAGUAAAUAGUGCCACGCUUGA